UGUUACAGCCUACUAUGUUUUUCGACUAUUACUAAUUCUAAGUCAUUAUUCUUGUUAUUUAUAAAGAGAAAUGCGUUGUUAGAAGGACAAGGGUUACUUAGAAGACAGACUUUUUGUUUUAAGGAGUGAUUCAACUUCUUUAUUACCCUUUUACGAGCAAAGCGUCACCGCUCCACUGGAUACCAUUUGGAUGAUAAUUACCCGCGGAGGCGCCAAUUUCAAAAAUGAACAUUCUGAGGCGACUCCCUCUCGUGACGCAAAUCAAACCCAAAUUAACCCUCCACAAGGGAUUCUUUUCGCAAAAACGAAACGACGAACGUUUGUACGAUGAAAUUUUGAACGACGACAGCGAGUAUUUAUCAUUCACAGAAAAAUACCUUAAGUUAGACCCUUCCAAGACUUGCUACAUUAUCCAACCGUACGUGAAAUGGGGCCCCCAGAAAAAGGAAGGGAUUACCCCAGAGGAACAACUAGACGAAGCUAAAGCCCUAGUCAACACUCUCCCCUCUUGGGAUGUAGAAGACACCAUAACAGUCCCUUUAGAAUCCCUUGACAAGAAAGCCCUCUUCGGUUCCGGUAGUUUAGAAAAACUACGCCAACUUAUACGUGGAAACGCUGGUGUUAACGCCAUAUUCAUCAACGUAGGGACAUUAAAAAAAUCUCAAUUGUUAAAUUUAGAAAAAGAAUUCGGUGUUCCGAUUCUCGAUCGUUACAAAAUCGUUAUGCAAAUUUUAAAAUUACAUGCGGUUUCUAAACAUGCCAAGUUACAAGUAGCUUUAGCUGAAUUAUAUUAUGUGCAGAGGACGACGUUUCGGGAAGAGAAUUUUGGCAAGCCAGAGCGUGAAAAAGUCAAAUUGAUGUUUCAAAAUCGGGAACAGAAAUUAAAAAAUGCAAUUAAAGAAUUAAGAGCUGAAAGAGCGUUACUGAGAAAUAAGAGACAAAAAAUUGAUUAUCCAGUGGUUGCUGUUGUUGGAUAUACAAAUGCGGGGAAAACUUCUGUCAUUAAAGCCUUAACAGGAGAGGAGAAGCUUAAGCCUAGGAAUCAGCUCUUUGCUACUUUGGAUGUUACAAUGCACGAGGGGAUGUUACCAUCAGGACUGAAAGUUCUAUAUGUGGAUACCGUGGGGUUUAUUUCAGAUAUUCCUACAAAUUUAAUUGAGUGUUUUGUAGCAACUUUAGAAGAUGCGGUUUUAGCUGAUGUAAUAUUACAUGUUGAAGAUAUUGCAAGUACAUGUUUUGAAUUUAAAAGAAAACAUGUUUUGGAUACGUUACGAGACUUAGCAGCUAAAGCACAAACUUCUCAUGUUUUGAAUAAGAUUGUAAGUGUAGGCAAUAAGUGUGACUUAGUACCAAGGGAAGUAAAUGUGGGAAUGUUAAAAGUAUCAUCUAAGAACGAUAUUGGACUCGACGUUUUGAGACUCAAAUUAGAAGAAUGUAUUUUGAGUAAUACCAACAGAAAGAAGUUAAAAAUCAGAGUACCAAUAGGGAGCGAGGCCAUAAGGUGGCUUUAUAAAAAUUCAACUGUAAUCUGUGAGAUCCCAGACGAAAAAAAUAGCCAAUUUGUUCUAGCAGAUGUUAUCAUAACCCAUGGCAAAUUAUCACAAUUUAAACAUCACUUUUCACCCUAGUGUGUAAUGUCAAUAAAAUUCUUUCUA